AUGGACCCUGGCCAGUUGACCAGGUUCAAUCUCCUUUUCCCUCUGCCUUACCGAGUAGCCAUUGUACUAGUCGCAGCUGUUUGGGGCUGGGGACUGAACCUUCAUUACUUAUCAGCCGUUAAAAUUGAUGUUACCUCCUUGAUUCGAUACCCUUCUCGAUCGUCGCCUAACCAGGUCCCCGUCUACCGUUCAACGUAUCACCUUGCAACCUUACUCUCGAUUCCUCUUGCGAUAUCUCUCCUGUUCUUCUGGGCCGUGACCCAUGGUUCUCCGGAGCGCGUUAUUGAGUGGGAAAUUAUCCCGCAGUCAUAUCUCCUCAUAUUUUUCGUUCUCCUAAUCCUCCCGCUGCACAGGCUAUCCCGGACAGGGAGGCACAGAUUCCUUGUUGUGUUGAAAAGAAUUAGUGUUGGGGGCCUUGCAGAGCCUCAGGAUGGGAAAUUCGGCGACAUAAUACUAGCAGACGUUCUGACGAGCUAUUCCAAAAUUCUGGGAGAUCUUUUCGUGAGCGCCUGCAUGUUCAUCUCGUCUGGGGUGUCCAGCACAGGUAUCCCCAACAGAAAAUGCGGCAGCCAGAUUACUGUUCCUUUACUCAUCAGCAUCCCGAGUGCGAUUCGGCUCAGGCAGUGCCUAAUCGAAUUCCGCCGGGUGCGUAAGGGAAACAAAAACAUCGAAGGCUGGGGUGGACAACACCUUGCAAAUGCACUCAAGUACGCAAGUGCUUUUCCUGUAAUUACAUUAACUACACUGCUACGGAGCCAUGACCCCACUACAUCUACUGUCAGCCCAAAAUAUCUAUAUCGAUUAUGGGUUCUUUCAGCACUAGUUAACUCUCUUUUCACAUUCUACUGGGAUGUCGCUAAAGAUUGGGACCUCACAUUAUUUUCCUCACUGAACCACCUCAAUGAUCAUGAUCACCCAUUCGGGUUGCGACGUUAUCGCUAUUUCCAUGCAAAUGAAAUGUAUUAUUCAGCUAUCAUCAUCAACCUGCUUUUACGAUUUACUUGGGUUUCUCAGCUCUCAUCACGUUUCUAUUGGGUUAAUGAUAUAGAAGGUGGUGUUUUUGUUCUCAUGCUUCUUGAAGUUUUUAGGCGAUGGAUAUGGAUAUUUUUCAGAAUUGAGACUGAGUGGG